AGAAUUUAUUGGGUGUUGUGUGAUGGAGGGGAGCCAAACAGGUCCUUUGUGAAGCUUCUUUAUCCAUAUGGAUCAGAUCCAGCAGAACAUCACUUUGUUGCAGACAACUUGCACACAGGACGGAAAAUUGUCAAGAUGGCAGACUCCAAGGUAAAACAACGAAAAGACAAUGAAAUCACACUUAAGUGAAGACAACCUGCCUAAAAAAUAUAAAGAAAAAUCUUCCAUAAAAUAAAGAGCUUUAAUAACUUAUAGACAGUCUUAACUCAAACACAGUAUUAAAUAAAUUUCUGUCUUCCCUUUAUAGCAUAACUUCAAGAAAAUAAGGAAUCACCUCGAAAAAAGUACCCUGCAAUCAAACAAUACAAGGCAAUUGACAGUGAACAAUUUAAGAAUACUCUUCAAGUUCUGGAAGGAUGCCUAUGAGUGGGACCAAGGAAGCCACUCCCUUCCCCUGCAUGAGAGAUUAACAGAUGGACACGUCCAGCUGAAGAUGUAUUAG